AUGGCUGCCCAGAUGAUUUAUUUGACAGAUGUUCCAGAAAUUCAAGGAGAUACAACAUGGGAAGAUGAUUUCUACACUGACUUUUGUAUUGCAGUUCGAUACUUGAAUCUCAGAACAGGUCACUGUCCAUACCUCAUAACUGUAAGUAAUGGAAUGGAAUGGAUGAAAGGGAUGAAGUUGAGUUGGGUGUUUAAAACUAGUACAGGAAUUUCGUCCAAGUUGCGCGCAUGGAUCGUUCAGACAAAACACAAUGCUUCGUCUAUCGAUGACCUAACUCUGCAAUCUAUAUCCAUUGUGGCCGCCAGUGAUAUGGAGUAUUCCGUUGAGCGAGACAUCGAGAAUUUCUUCGAGAAGACGUCGGCAACUCGCACAGCCUGCGAUGACCAUGCGAAGCAGCAUGUUGGAGGCGAUGUCAUUCCAGUGGUCGUGCAAGGUCUUGACAUCUGA